UUUAAAGACACUGAAAGGCACGAGGCACAAACAAAAUUCUCCUCCACAUGCUUUUUGCAUAACAAAAUGUAUUAAUUCAUUGCAAAACUAUAAUAGUAUAUUAGUGAAAUAGCCUGAAAACCCUCAGUGGGAAAACAUGUGAGUUCAUGUAAUGGUAUCUAUGGACAUAUGUAAGGGGCAGAGUUCACCUUGGGCGGGUGUGCUACCACUGCUUUACACCAGUUUGACAUGUAAACCUUCAGGAGAAUGUUAAUCCAGGGUCAGAAUAUCUGCAGGAGAAGGUGGUCACUCAGGAAGGAUUAAGCUACGGGACAAUCGGCCCAUUGGUCAUAGGGGAACAGACAAAAGCCCAUUUAUUGGCACAGAACAAAAUGCCUGUUCUCCCUUGGAUCCGCUCGCUUAUAGAAAUCCAUCACAGGGAAACACAAAAGCCUUACUACCUUCAUUCGUUCAUUCAUUCAUUCAUUGACAUGCAACAACAUGGCUCGUGUCCUUACUCUCCUGCAGAGGAAGCGUUAAUGAUUGUGUUAACUGGGAUGGAUGCUUCCAGCAGCUGAAGAUGAGAAGUGCUGGACAGUGAAUCAAUCUGUCUGAGAGGAAUCAAAUGAGAGGGACAUUACUAGACACAAAGUGAUUAUUUGUUGUUUUUGUUUGUAAGGGCAACAAACAAGUUAAAUCCAUACAAACUAAAUCACGUAAGUGGGUAAAAGUGAGUAAAUAUGGCAGAGGUUGUGGCUGCUCCAUUGGAUCUCGAUGGGAAAGCCAUGACAUGUGGUUGAGUUCAUUAGUGGAAUAACCCUUGGAGCCAUCCAGACUUUGGGAGAGGCUAUGGACCGCUGCACCGUGGACGACGAUGACAACUCAGAGUUUUACGAUGCGGACGAGGAGCCGCAGGGAGACAGAAGUAGUCCUCCUCCUGGCCCAGUCGGGGCUUCCUGUGAAGAACUGACUCAGCCGGCAGGUGGCGAGGCCGAGGAGUCAUCUGGUCCUCUCUGUGAUGCUGAUGGGUCAUCAGAGCAACAGGAGUCUGCAGUAUGCGAAGAGUUACCCAAGAGCCUUUAUGACAGUCAGGCACAGGAAGAAACAGACAGAAGUCUGUGUGAUGAAAGAGAGUGUGAGUCACCAGGUUCUGAAAGUGCCGUGUCAACUGAGUUUCUUGGUGCUGAAACUCAGAUGCUGGGUCAGCUACAGAGUGGUGUGCCUGUAAGCUCAGGAAAUGAGGAAUCGGAAGAAUCAGAAGGUGAACCCCUCGGCUUGAUAACUGCCGAGUCAACUCAGCCUACGCGUGCAGAGAGUGAGAAACUACCCGAGACUCAGAGCGAUGACGAUGAAUCUAGAUGUCCAAAAACAGAAGACUCAGCUGAAUCUUCCCGUAUGGGGAAAGAUACGUGUACUCAGUCUUUAGUGGCUGAGAGUGAAGAGUUGGCCCAGCCUGAGAGUACAGACAGAAAAGCUCGUUCAUCGUUGAAUGAAGAGAGUAAAGAGUCCAGUCAGUCUACAUGCACUGAAAGUGGCGAAUCACUUAAAUAUGCCUGUAAUGUUGAAGAAUCAGAACCAAAUAUGAAACCAGAGAAUAUGUCAGUCCAGUCUGUGUGUACUGAGAGUGGAGAAACAAUCCAACCUUUGUGUGACCACAAACCAUCAGAACUACCUUUGUGUCAGGCAGAUGAGGAACUUGUCCCAUCUUCGUGCCCGGAGAGUGGACAAUCAACUCUCUCAGGAUCAAUUAGUGACGGCGAAGGACUGGAACCGUCUCGGACCCAAGAAGGCCAGUCUGUGUGCGAGGCGUCGGCUCGGUCAGACAGCUCCGCCAGCGUCCCAGAGGCAGCCAGCUGCCUGAGCCGCUCCCAGCCUGAGACUGACAGCGGCAUGGCUGCCUCCAGCAUGGACGCCUGCGACGCAAGCCCGACCAGCCAACAGGAGCCGGAGGAGACAGUGGCGCCUGACAGUGGCGUGUGUCCCGCCGAGCUCCCAGGCGAGCGCGACAACGUGACAACAACAGAGGGCCAACUCUCUGCAACAACAGAGGGAGAACUCUCUAGAAGCCCUGAGGAGAUCGACUCCACAUCAACGGAACCCCAGAGACUGAUGUCUAAGGAGACACAGACAGAGAUGCUGCAGGAGGCUGCUGCCAUGGCUCAGACACAACCUGAGCAGGAGAAAACUGAACAAGAGGAACUAACAGCUGUGGAAGCUGCACAGGGAGAACAGGCAGAAGUCAUGACAGGUGGCAACGAGGCAGCAGAUGCUGUGCCCACACUCGGUGCCACAGGCGGGGGCGACAGGCCGUCCGAAGGUCUGGAGUGUCCUGGCGACCUGUCCUCUGGGGAUGACUUCACCGGCGACAGCCAGGACGAAGUGCCGGGUGAGAGCGCCAAUGCGGAUGCGCCGCGGAGCCACGCGUCUGAUUCCGGCUCUGGGUCCGGCUCGCCUCCCUCAGGAGACAGAGCCUCCACGGGCCGGCGCAAGAAGCCCCAGCGGCAGCACAGUUUCACCAAGUCCAAGUACAACACCGUGUCCUACCGCAAGAUCCGCAAGGGCAACACCCGGCAGAGGAUCGAUGAGUUUGAGGCCAUGAUGAACAUAUAGACUCCUUAGAGAAUCUGCACUCACAUAUCCAUAGCAUGACAUGGUUAACACCCAGGCCAUGGGUAACAACCAUCAUGACUAACAAGUAAUGAUUAUUCAGUUACUUGGGAACAAGGCAAACAUAAAUAUGUGCCCUUUGCAUGGUGACCGAUUGGUUUGGGAUGUCAGUCUGGACAGAGAUUUACAUCUGAAUAUUUAUGUUAGUGGAUAGGAUUGUGUUACACAGUCUAUGUAAUGUACUGAGCCGGAAUUCAGGGUAGAAUAUGUUAUAUAAGGUAGAAUAGUGAUAUACAUAAAACCAAAAUGCUUAUGCAAAUGUUUAAAGAAGCCUAAAGCCUGUAAUCCUACUUGUGAGCAUUAACAUGAAGAUUACAAAUGGCACUAGAUAUAAUUUGCCUGUGUUUGUGCUU